GGCGGGGGGGUCCGCGGCUGAGCAAACACACAGGCAGGUUCCAGCUAGAAUGUCAAACGCGUCCCUCCGUCACUGCAGCCAUUGGUAGAAAUGUCUGUUUCCAGUCUGUUGGCUAGGUGCAUUUAGGUCGUUGGGCUCAUAGCCUGCGUCCAUGCCUUGGAGACAGCCGCGCUACGCGCUACACUGCUCCGCUAUUUUCCCUGACCCUGUGUAGGCUCUCGCGCUCAGUUAAGCAAACACUAGACCCACUGAUCAUCAGACGCUCUUCAACAAAUCAGUGUGCGAUUCUGCGAGAGCGAGUGCACAUCGUAAACGAUUCUUUCUCUGCACUCUAUAUCUCUCCAGGAUGGAUUUACCUUUAGCGGAGACAGCUACCUCGUAUCCCGAGUGAGGGGAGUCUUAUCAAUUGCCAAGUUUCGUCUAUUCCUGGAGUUUUGAGUGGUGAAGCAAGCGUGUUUUCCUCCCUUGAUCCUCACUCGUUUUUCACCACCUUUGCUCGCAUCAGCUGGAGCGAGAGCUGCCGCUUCACGAUGGCAGGAGUGGGAAUAUUUCUGUGCAUUCUGCUGUUACAGUGUUUUAUCUCCACUGGGCUGUGCAACCCCGGAUUCGCCUUCACGGAGGAGCCCUCGGAGAGAGCUGGGAAGUCAGACGGGUAUUGUAGUCGGAUAUUACGGGCUCAGGGCACUCGGAAGGAAGGCUACAACGAGUUUCGGCUCCGAGUCGAGGGGGACCCAGAAAAUUAUCAGCCUGGGAGCACUUACAGAGUGACUCUGUAUGCAUCCAGUCCCGCUUACUUCAGAGGUUUCACCCUCAUCGCUCUGAGGGAGGGCAGGGAAGGAGACAAAGAAGAGGACUAUGCUGGCAAUUUCCAG